AUGAUCACAAUGGUCCCAGUGCACAGCAUCGCAGUGCCAGAGGAUGAUGACCUAGAGCUGGAAUCCGUGGGACCUUCGGAGCGCGCCGAAGGGCCAGUCAACACUGGCACCCGGGACAAGAGCAUGUCGUGUUCAAGCUCCGUGCUGUCCUGUUGUGUUCCUGUCUCUCUCAAUGACUCGUCGGACCUGGAGUGGCCUGAGCCACUGAUGGACGAGUUCGAAAUGCUGAGCCUGCGCCAGGGCAACCCAAAGCUGGCCCCUCCACGCUCCUGGCUCCCGCACCUGGAAACCUCCCCGAGCGAGUCGGAUCAGGCGCUGAGCCCAGCGCGGGCUCGGGUGCCAUCGCUGGCUGCUGCCGCUCUACGGCUGCUGCUUGCUAGGUGGGAAUCUCCUUUGCAGUCCUUCCUGUACCCGUCCCAGACGGCUCGGCUUUGCUUGGCUGCUCGGCCGCCCGCACGACGGUGCCUUCUCGAUGCAGCGCUGAUGGAGCUCAUUGCGGAGGAGGGGACCGCAGAGGAUGUUUUGGCGUACUUCUUGAAUGCAACGCAAAACUACAAGGGUCUGUCGCAGCUGGUUCGCACGACCGACCGGCCAAGCGAAUCCGCGUCUGACUGGCCGAUGGUUAGGGCCUACCGCUGCAUGGUCAAGACUGUCAGCAGCAGAUUCCAUCGAAGCCCAAGGCUCGUUGUACAGUUUUUACGGCAUCUGAUCACGACCUGCUGGCAUGAGCAGCUGGAGGUGAAGAGAGCUGCCUUCUCCGUGCUGCAGACCAUCGCUGGCUCUGGCGGAGAAGCGUUGGGGCAGCUCGUCGCGAAGUCGAUGUUGCCUUUCUUAGAUGCGCGCCGAAGCGUGCAGAACCGCAGUUUCGCCUUGGAUGUCCUGGGCCACUGCGCUUUGAGCUCCAUGGCCUCUGGUGCUUUUGGCGAACGUUUGACCACUGCUCUUUUGGGCGCUGCGCGGUGGCCGGAGGAACGACUGAGCACGCGGGCGGUGGAGAUUCUGCAGCUGCCCGGACGAGACAAAAGAAGCUAG